GGAACCCAAAUCGUUUUCGGGCGCUGUGCUGACAACAUCCUCGCAGGACCAAGGAGCGGAUGGUGCGUCCAAAAGUCCUCCUGCUCGGUACAGGCAUCCUUUGAGCCUUAACAGUCAUCGAGCGAAGCCUUCGAAAAUGUAAACAAAAGCGACGCAGGCGCAGCAGUACUCUCUCCCUCACUCCUCAAGCAGUUUUGGAAAGGAAAGCCGAGCUUCCAGGCUCGCAUCCUGGUCGGCCCUGGUCCUGCUUCGGUCCUCGGUCCUCGGCCCUCGUAGGCUGUCGGUUUUCCAGCCCACCUCCUGGCCAGGCUCAAAAAGAGGCUCGGGCAGCCAGCGCUCACAACGCCAGCGGAGUGCGCAGCGUGAUGUAGUCCAGCUGCAGACCGACACUGCUACCGAUACCGAGAUUGAGCUCCAGCUUUCGCAGCGGCCACUCAGGGAUACUUUUCCACACUCGGGCACGCACACAGGGACAGAGCGCGUCGGAGAAGCGGAAAAGCGGAAAAGCGGAAAAGCCUCAGACAAAUGGCCAGGAAUAGCAGUAGCAGCAAGCGCAGCAGCAACAGCAGCAGCAGCAGCAGCAGUGGCACAGUAGCCGUGAGGGAGCCGUGAAGUGAAACGGAAAAGCCUGAAAAAAGGUGGCGUGAAAAGUACCACAAGAGGCGGGGGUGUGUGGAAAUCUAGGGGAAUAGCGCGCCCCGUGGAAAUGGAAAUGCCGAGGCUCCUGUUAGCCUCGCCAGCAGCGGAUGUAGCAGCAACACCAGCGGGAACAGCAACCUGAAUCCGCAUCCGCAUCCGCAGCCGCAGCCGCAACCGCGCCCGCUCCCAAUUUCUCCGCUCUCUCCGUUCCGUGUUAAUUGUUAUUUAUGUAUAGUGUAUAUAUAAAGUUGUGUGAUACAAAUGAAUCGCUUAGAUCUGACAGCGAGCGAGAAACUGUAACCUAAACUCAGUCUAAUCAAAAGCGUACAACGACAACAAACGGUUUUGCAAGUGAAACGACAUAACACCAAGCCAACAAACCAACAAACCAAACAAACCGAUCAAACAAGUAACCAACAACAUUAAUCCAACGGGUCCAAUGUUGCAGCCAACAACAUGCAGCAAACAGCAACAGCAGAGGCAGCAACCAGCAAUCGCAACAGCAGCAGUGGGAGGAGCAGCGGUCCAGGAGCUGCCUCAGAAAGCCGCAGCUAAAGAUCAUGGAGCCUUAGCAGCAGCAACUGCAACUGCAACAGCAGCAGCAACAACUGCAACAGCCGCAACUGCAACAGCCGCAACUGCAAGCCGCAACAGCAGCAACACUUGGUGCCACAGCGACAACAUGUUGUCCGCAGGCCGCAGCCGCACCAGCAGCACAACGAUAGACUUCAACAGUCGCCGGCGGAGGGGGCGCCUACGAGGCCACGCCCCCUUUGAACUGGCAAUGAACAAACAACACCAAGCUACGAUACUGGACGAGUGUGUAAAUAUUUUCAAGCGCUUAGUAUUAUUAACAUUAAAAACAAUAUCAGCAACAACAAUAACGAAAGCAAAGACAAGAAGCAGAACAGCAGAGCUGCCAGCAACACCUGCAGCAUCUGCAGCAUCUGCAACAUCAUCUCGUGGUGCCUCCGCGGAGCAGUUGCUCCAUCCAAGCAGCAGCAGCAGCAGCCGCUGCAGAAGCCGCCGCUGCCUCCGCCUGCCGAUCUACAGCAUCCUGCUGCUCUGCCUAGCCACCCAGGGAUUGGGACUGGGAGAUGCCGCCAAGCCCAAGUCGGCCAAGCAGCAUUUCGGCGGCAGCAGCAACAGCAACAAUCCAAGCCAGAACCACAACCAGAACCACAACGAUGUCCUGGGCGGAGUGGGCGCCCCUUCCCAAACGUCCGGCGAGGACGAGGCCGAGAUCAUGUACCCCUUCCAGUCCGGGGAGCAGAUGUUCGGCCUGGAGGAGGACCAGGAACAGGAUCCGGAGCUCAAUUCCAAUGCAGUGCCCGGCUCCGACGAGGAUAAUGCGGCCAAUCAACGUGGUAUCAAUGACACGCACAACGAUAACUCGACCACCACGAAAACGCCACUAUUCCCGAAAGAUCUAUUCACGAAAGAACAGCUUGAGAACGGCGCUGUCAUCCUGCACAUCAUUGGGGUGAUCUAUAUGUUUGUGGCGCUGGCCAUUGUCUGCGAUGAAUUCUUCGUGCCUUCCCUUGACGUAAUCAUUGAAAAGCUCGGCAUCACAGACGAUGUGGCCGGCGCGACGUUUAUGGCGGCGGGUGGCAGUGCCCCCGAGCUCUUCACCAGUGUAAUUGGCGUUUUCGUGUCGUUCGAUGAUGUGGGCAUUGGUACGAUCGUUGGCUCCGCCGUGUUCAACAUCCUGUUUGUGAUCGGGAUGUGCGCGCUCUUCUCCAAGACGGUCCUGUCGCUCACCUGGUGGCCUUUGUUCCGCGACUGCUCGUUCUACAGCAUCAGCUUGCUGGUGCUGAUCUACUUCUUCCGGGACAACCGCAUCUUCUGGUGGGAGGCCCUCAUCCUGUUCACCAUCUACAUCGGCUACGUGGCCUUCAUGAAGUGGAACGUCCAGGUGGAGACGUGCGUCAAGAAGAUGAUUACCAAAAACAAGGGUAAUGCGGCCAACUCCUCGGAAACAUCGAUGGCCACCCAGCCGGGCGGCUCCGUAACUUCGCGGGCGGCCAGCGAAACCCGCUCGGGUCCGCCCGGAUCGAGCAAUGCGGGCGCCACAGGUAAUAGCAGCGGCGGGGGCGGCACCUCGGGUAGUACUCAGACCGGUGCCAAGUUCCGCCACGGCCUGUUACAGCUAAUGAUACACACGAUAGAUCCACUACACGAUGAUGAUGUUCCAGGCAAAGUGGACGAGAAGGCGACGCAGCUGCACGCCAUCGCCUCGCUGAAGGUUUUGCUGGAUGCCACCAAGCCACAGCGCGGUGGUGCCACCACCUCGGCGGCCAACCACGUCAAGAUCAACCUCAAGGAGACCACGCUCGCCGAUCGUCCCAAUGGGAACAUCGAUACCACCCUCGACUCGGCGCCCGAAAUCGAGGAUGAGCCGGAACCACUGAGCAUGGCCUGGCCGGACACGGCGCGGAAGCGGCUCACCUACGUCCUGGUGGCCCCGCUCCUGGUGCCCAUGUGGCUCACACUGCCCGACACGCGGACGCCGCGCGGCAAGCGCUUCUUUCCGGUCACCUUCAUUGGCUCCAUCGUGUGGAUAGCGGCCUUCUCCUACCUGAUGGUCUGGUGGGCCAACGUGGCCGGCGACACGGCGCGCAUUCCGCCCGAGGUCAUGGGUCUGACCUUCCUGGCGGCGGGCACCUCCAUUCCGGACUUGAUUACCUCGGUGAUUGUGGCACGCAAGGGAUUCGGCGACAUGGCCGUGUCCAGUUCGGUGGGCAGCAACAUAUUCGACGUGACCGUGGGCCUGCCGAUACCGUGGCUGCUGUACGGCAUCAUCUAUGGGGCGCCCGUCGAGGUGAACUCGGUGGGCAUGGUCUGCUCCAUAACCAUCCUGUUUAUGAUGCUGGUGUUCGUGGUGAUGUCGAUCGCCUGCUUCCGCUGGCGCAUGAACAAGGGGUUGGGCUUCACCAUGUUUCUGUUGUAUUUUGCCUUUGUCGCCGUGUCGCUGAUGUUCGAGUACGACGUGAUCACGUGCCCCUUUUAAAUGGGGCAGGGGCAAAGACAAAAGCGGGCAAUAGUUACCGAGUUACCCGGCUGUCGCGCCAUCGAGCUACCGAGCCAGCAAGGAUACCUGCCAAGCCAAGGAUAUCUGGAUGCCGCCGAGGACGAAACGAGGACCCCGUCAGCCUCACACCCAAUUAGCUAAAUUAUAUACAAGCAAAUUAAUGGAUGAUAAGCAAAUAUAUUAACAGUGGACUAAAGCUAAAUAAUCGAAUUGUUAAACAGACAGACAGACAAACAGACAGACAAACAGACACACUCACUCACAGAUACACAGAUACACAGACACACAGAUACACCAGAACACGCAUGUAAAAGCGAUACUGAAUUAACGAAAUCGAAAACUUAACGUUAACAAAAUGCGAGUUAGUUAGUGCCAGCGUUUCUUUUUCGAAAGACAUUUACUUUAAAGUGUUUAGCGCAGCUUUUUAACGCAAGCAGCCCCCUAUCCUAUCCUAAACUCUAUGAAUCUUUGCUCCCAACUAUCGUAUCUAUCUGCGACCUAAUACCAAAACCAAAACUAGCGAGAAGGAAACACGACAAAGGCUUCCCAACCACUUACUAACUAUCUACCUAACGUUUGGGUUUUAACUACAAGCAUAAGAAACCAGCAUACCAGAUGUAUGUACCAACAAAUAUAUAUGAAUAUCUCGGCACAAGGCACCUAUAUCCUCUAUUCAUAUUCGGUAUGAUAUGAUACGAAACGAUACGAUACGAUACGACGAAGGAAAGCAGCCUCCAAAAUUUGUGUUGAGCUCUUUCGGUUCGAUCGAUCGAGCGGAAGCCUUUCAUUUGCGUGCUCUACUAAGAUUUCUCCUAAAAGCUUUAUCCAGAGCCUAUCUAAACUCUAUCUAGUUUACGACUUAUACAUAAUACUUAUAUAUCCACUCACACGCACACUACAUGGCAUACUAUAUAUUGACCUGUAUUGAUUAAGUGAUAAUUUGCGUACUUAUUGAACAAGCAAGCGAACAAAUCGAAAACUCUCAAAGUAAGCUACAGUUGUACUCGAAUUCAACGCUAAAUCGAAAUCGAAGCGAAUGUGUAGGGCUUUGAACAAUUUGCUUAGUGCAUUUGUCAUACAUCCAGACCAGAACAUUAUGAUCGAUUACACUGAUUCCAGUCCGAUGCUAAUUCUAAUUCUAAUUCUAAUAAGUAUUCUUAUUCUAGUUAUGAUUAUGAUUCUAGUUCUGAUCCCGUUUCUAGUCCUAAUUCUAAUUCUGAUUCAUGUUGGCGUGUAGGAAGAGCAGAGUUUAAAUUUAACUUUAAAUUGAAGCCAUAUUUAUUAUAGACUACUUCGAAUCCAAAACCAAAAGCCUAAGAUAAAAGAAAAAAAACAAACAAAAAAAAAACAAACUAAUUUCAUAUACUUUUUGCUUAAUGAAGUCCCCCAAGUACAUAUAUAUGAGCAUAUUAACGUAUUUAUAUAUAAACGACAUAUAAGACGAUAUUUAACGAAACAAAACAAAAUCAACUUGCUCUCCUUAUUUAGAAGGUACGUAACAUUUUUCUAAACUAAAACUAAAACUAAAACCCUAAACUCGUAAAACCAAGUGGCCGCAAAACCGUUGAAUUGCAAAUGGAAAAGAAACCCAAAUAAUUUAACAUAAAACGCAUACAUAUAUACACCUUAAUAUAAACAUACUUAUAUAUAAAUAUAUAUAUUUUAUAUAUACCAGAAGAUAACUUACUAUAUAUAUAUGCAACUAUACUUAAGUAGGCAAUGUAUCUAACGGAUAUCCAGACGUUUGCAUAUGGCUCGCAGUCAAGUUAAGGAAGCGACAAGACAAGAUACAGAUACGAAUACAAGAUACAGACGCAGACACAGAUACAAACACACACACAUACACUCAGAACAGAAAGCAAUAAUUUUUAUUACCAGUGAACUUAGAGGAUUCCGCAGUGGAAUGGCACUAUAUGCAUACUCCUAUAUGUACGACAUGCGAAUCUCACUGCGAAAUUGCGAACAUCAAGACCCACAAGCAGUUGUAACGCAUCGGAAAUAAUUAUAUAUGCAUUCACAUUCGCUGGAUUAUAUGCUGUAUCUACUGAACAAUGCGAUGUGCAGAUGCAAAUGCAGAAUUAACGUAACUAAGUGGCUGCUCUUACACCCCAUGGGUGCAGUGCAUUCGAUUGCACACAGAUAUAAAUAUAAAUAAAUGAUAAUAUGAAACAUGCAUGUAGGAUAUGGACAGGUCGAAGGUCGAAGGUCACAGCGAACAGCAGAACAGCAGAACAGCAGGACCGGAAGAGCGCAGGAGCGACAAGAUGGUCAGGGAACGAGGUGGAGAUAUUGUAUAAAACUCGAACGAGACUUACAUCACACCCUUCUCCACACAGAAGACACCACAUCCCUCAUCUGCGAAAGAGUACCAAUCCAGCGGAAAGUUGGCUGAGAACUUCCUAAGGGUCAUCUAGGACCAUGAAUAUUUUAUGUACACUAUAUCGGAUCAUUUUGAAAAUGUAUUUAUACCUACUACCGUACUUUGACUCUCAAUCUUUCGUAAAACUACUUUACUACUUUCUAAGGCAGUGUUACCUUGGGUGCCUAAGUUGCGUUGACCACAUAUGAUUUAGAAACUAUAUAUUGAAAUGCCCUCUUCAGUCCUAACCACUUCGUAAGCCUCCUACUUCUCCCGCCCAUUUAACUCAGCCACUCCAAGCAUUUCUCACUGUAGCUCUUAAUUCCAAAAGUGUCGACUUUAGUCCUUCUAUAUUGGAUAUAUACUCGUAUAUCCCAACUAGCAAGCUCACUUCUCACGAGAAGAUUGCCUUGGUCGCCAGGCUUUAACAGAGACAACUUCCAAGAACAAACAACAAAUUAACUUAAACUUUUAUACAUGCUGUAUGUUAAACUAAAGACAACAAAGGAUAGCAGCAACUAAAUCGAAUAGAAAACCUUUAAAAAAUAUCUUCCAAAUUAACUUUAAAACCAAGUCAUAUUUAUUAUAUAAAACUAAAAUACUUGAGAUCGAAACACGAAACUCUCACACUUAACUACAUCUUAUUAGAACCUAACGAGAAAAUGGAAAAGCACACCCAGCAAUUACUUGUACUGAAAAUUUCCCUCACACACACACACACCCACUCACAUCUGAGCUAACACACAUGCAUUUAAACAUAUCGCGCCUAUUUUCUAUAUACGAAAGCCAAUAUUCCGAGAGGAAAACCGAACCGAAGAAUUGAGAAAUUUGUUAAGGAACACGUUUAUUUCCAGAAACUUCUCCCACUUCCAUAUGGAAUUAUAACACCCAAUAAACCACAUAGUCCACGAUUCAUCCCAAAUCCAAAUCAUCAUCCAAAAGCGCACACACCACACCAAAUUGUCGAAUGGCGUUGAAGUCUCGCUUUAAAGCAACGUAAAUAAGAGGAAAUAUAUACAAGAAACAUAUAUAUAUAAAGAUAUAUAUAUGAAAUUGUUAUGGUUAUAGAUUUUUAACAAGUUGAAUAAUUGCGUAAAAGUAAAAGUAAAAGUGAAACAAAAACACAAAAAAAUUGUUGAAACAUUAGCAAAAGCGUUCAUAAAACAUAAACGAAGCGUAAGGAAGGUAAUAAUAAUAACGAUAAAACGAAACAGAACAAACCAAAUCGAAUCGAAAGAUAUAGUAAUGCUAUAUAUACUUUAUGAAAUAUUUAACUAUGAAAAUAAAAAUCAUUGUUUGAAAUUAAAGUGAAAAAAGUAAACUUAAAAAAAAAAAACAACAAAAAAAACGAAUUUUGUGUUUGCUAAUUUUGUGUCCACAAACAAAUUUUGAGUUUGCAGAAAAAUCAACCGUAAGUAUACCCAAUUGAUUGUUAUGUUUUAAACGUAAUUGGCAUGAUUAGCUAUUCAAUGUUCGAUGUUUUCAAAUAAAAUUAGCAAACACAAGCACAGACCAUUCGGAUGCAUUUCUAGAGAUCUGAUCUGGCCCAAUACUACUAUAAUCACGCCCUCGAGUCAAUCACCAAAUACAAUCGUCUUGAUCAGAAAUACCGAUAUACCACAUAAUGUCUACGAGAAUAAACGAACGUAAACGAGCACAUAAUCAUGAUUUCAGCUUUAAAUAAUCUACGAACUAGACCUAAACCGUAUAUGGGACACUCGGAUAUUUAAUAACUUUUAUAAGCCAGUAUAUGUACCAUAUACCAUAUACCAUAUACCUUACACCAUAUACCAUAUACCAUAUAGCAAAUAGAAUAUAGCGUGUUUGUGCGAUCACACGCCCAAGUGGAUUAAUUUUUUAAUACUUAAUACGAUUACGAAUACAAAUAGAACACGUGAAGUGCAAUGUAUGCAAUACUUAUAUUCAAUUAUACAAUAUUUAGAGACCGUUUCAAGUUGCGUCCGUUGUUUAGGCAGAGAAUCACAGAAAACAAUAACUUUUCAGCGGCUUCGAUUUGAUUUCGAUUUGAUAUUUCGUUCGAUAUGCGGAAACCAAACGAUUACCAAUAAAUGAUUAAUCGAAAAAGCAAGCAUGAAGCAAAUAUGAAUGAGUAAAUAUGAAUCCAGUAAAAAGUAAUAGUUAACAUAUUGGUAGACUAAUUUAACGAUUUUAUAGCGUUUUCAAAUUUAUAAGUGUAUAAGCCGGAUGCGUUUAUUAUUUGUAAUGCCAGCGAUCAGCCGACCGACAUCGGAUGUCACCAGAUAUAGUGCGUGAACAUAUAGCCGUCGUGUGUAAUACAAUUAUCAUUACCCACCAAAUACGUAUGUAUGUAUAUUUUCCGUUGUUGAGUUUCGAUCGUUGUAAUUUUGAAUUUUACCUUACAAAUGUGUAUUUUUUCGGGACAAAAAACAAGCGGACCGAUCGAUACUGGCAUGUAAUUAGUGCAGACGGGUGUGUAAUUUUAAUAGCGAACAAUGAGAGUAUUAUAAUAACAGACAUUAAUUUUAACAACUGAUACGCUUCUAGCACAUAAGAUUGUACAAAUGAUUUAUAUGAAUAAUACAAUAAACCAUGAAAGGAAAACAGAAAACAGAAAAUGAGAGAGCUAGGGUCAGUUCAGAUAUUCAGUUGAUCCAGUCUAAGAAUAUAAUGGAACCCACUUCUUACUCAUCAAAGGAGUAGAUACCCCCCACUCCCAAAGAUUCCAAUACCAUGCUGAACUCACUUUAUCUCUGUGACGAACCAGAGAGCUCGAACUAUAAAUACUUAUGUAUGUAUGUAUGCAUGGUGCAAUACAUCGAGUUAUUUACUUUAUACAAGUACGUCUAGUUAACGACAUUUAGAUUUUAUACAAAACACACCCAGAAACACGCAGUCAUUCGAUUACCGACUCCAGCAACCGAACCAAAUUCACCAGUAUACCGUAUACCCAUCAGUUAAUGGAGAUCAUUAAAACCGAGCAUGGAGUGAAGGCAAAUCAAAUAUAUAGUCAAUUUCUAACGAUACAUGCAAACAUAUAUGGCUGGCACUCAAGAUAUGUUAUAUAUAAACCAAACGUAUAUGAAGUUAUAUAAAGCAUUUUAAGGAUCGUAAGCUGGAGAACGGCGCAGAGUAGAACGGGGUGCGAGCCCCAAAACCUUAUGUAAAUCAAAACGAAGCUAUAGCGAAUAAACCGAAAUGUUAACUAGUUAUUUAGGUGAAAUAUACAACAAACCACACUCAGAUGCAGGAUGCUAGAUGCAGAUGCAGAUGCAAAUGCAGAUGCAGAUACAUUUACAUCGAACCGUUAACAAGGCUUUGAAAGCUCAGAAGAAUUACUCAAGCAGACACUCAAGAACACGACACGAAGACACGAAUGUUCAAAAACGCAGAGUUUUAGAAGAGCCGCAGCAAAUGAGAAAGGGCCGUUUAAUAAACUUUUGUUAUCAAGCAAGACAGCAAAUCGAAACGAAAUGCGACUGCAGUAAGCACGUGGCGAAAACAAAAACGAAGUUAAUGUUCAAACUAACUAAUAUAUAACGAAUAUUAUAUAAUACAACAAACUUAGACUGUAUGUUAUUUUCUCAAUACAAUACCUAUAAAAAAACAAUAAAAACAGAUUCAAUAAAACGAGUUAUCCAAUGGCAGCAUGUGCGUGAUUUUCUU